AAUCGGAGAUCAGAGCAGGUAUAAAAAAAUACCCAAGUAUAAAUGAUGUUUAAUUUACCUUUGAACUUUAUUUAAAUCUGACGCCGAGAUUAAACGGACAUUAAGACUUUUGUAGUGGAAUUAUUUUCAGAAUGGAACUUGCCGCAGCAUAGAAGCAAUGUGAGACCGCCGCCUCCACAUUUUUAUCAUCACUGAUACGUGGCCUCAACAACAAGGCGACGAGAAUGUGACACGUGGACUACUCGCCGAAACAGAAAGGAGAAUCCAGACAACAAGUGCCUGAGGAGGCUGUUCCGGAUCUCAUACAAAGAACACAAGACCAGUGACUUUGUAUGAACCAAGAUUGCCACACUCGUAGAACGUGUGUGUGCGUGUGUGCGUGCGUGUGUGUGUGUGUGGUCGCAUGCGAGUGCUGUCCUCCUUGUGUCACGCCGUGGCCAUAUGAAGCACGCGACAGGAAGCGGUGGUGGAGUCAGAAGCAGGAUGGCCAAGAAGUGGCUGCCACAGAGUCGCUGGCCCUACGACCUCGUCCUUCUGGUCUUGUUUUGUGGGGUCACAGGGUCAUGCCCUCUUGGAGAAAGGAUGCUGCUGAUGACAUGUCUAGAACCAUUGCGUUAUCUGCAGGACAAUCACAACUAUCCAUCUCAAAAGGCAUGCAACCUCACCAUCAAUUUAAUACACUGUGUGGAGCAGCGUCUGUUUCGUUGUCAUGGUUCUGUGGAGGUCCACGAUGCCCUCAACAUUGCGGACAGUCUGAAGGCCGAGUACUGUAACGUGGAAGCUUCGGAGAAAAGAUCUACACCAACAACAGUUGCAACAACCGUCACUACCGUCAUCCCCCAAACUACCAUUACCUUGACUACCAGGCCCUCCGUGGCAGACGAGGACGACAGUGAGAUUGACCACAAGUUUCAGCUCUGUCGGGACAAGUUCACGAAGCAUGAACCCAAGACUUUGGAGGAGGGCUGUAGACUUGCUGAAGCCUUUCUGGACUGCGGCUACGCGGUGCUUCAAGCGUACAAAGUCUCUCUGGACACGCUCUACUUACAUGCUGAGCUGCUAAGGAACAGCGCCAUCUACUGGGAGUACUGUGGCGAUGACAGGUCCAGUGUGCUUGCCAUCAGAAAUGCUAAAAAGGAAAGGUGUCAGACGCACGUGAUUCAACACCUUAAAGACUGUCUCGUGGGCACAAAACACAUGAUGAAGGCAAUGAGAAACCAUUCUGCAGCUUGGUGCCCAGUUACAUCCCUUGCAUCGCGCCGGUGGUCAAUAAGUGUUCGCACGUUCGGCAGUUCGAUCGGGUGGAAGAUUUUCUCAUGGACUCCUUGGACCUCCAGCGACUACACUGCCUCUCACCCCCACCCAUUUUCAGCGAGGCGGAGGCUGGAACUAACCCGUUGCCCGAAUCAUCAGUAUCUGCUAGAAAAGGCCAUGAACAGUCUGGAGAAGACCCUUUACAUGCCUCUGGUUUUUCAAAGACAGAGAACUCUGUGCCUUUGAACAAGCAGCAUGCGUUAAACCAGUUGAAAAAUCCAUCUCAGGAAGCAGCGGCUAGCUUUAGCUCGACCAGUGACUUCAGAAAAAGUAGGUCCAGAUGGAAAGAUGGUCGCCGAAACCGAGCGCUUCUGAACUUCCGGAAUCCAGGGACUCUGAUGGCGAUGACCUAACACGCACGGGCUCCGGAAGUGAGGAAACAGGAGAAGAAGGCCUGACCGAAAUGCAGGAGGAACUGUCAAGUGGUGAAGCAAAACUCAGCAGCAGUGAACAGCACGAAGGAACCGAACCGGAUAGCAGUUUGCUGGAAGACGACCCAAGCGGGUCCGGCGCCUCGUGGCAACAAGAGGUCAAAGUUGACAGCGUCACCACUGUGUACCGGACGCCAAGGCAGCCAGAAGGUCUGGCAAAAACUUCAAAGACUAAAAAAAUUGAAAAACACUCUUCAAGAUCUGUAAGUUUGAAACAAGCGACACUGAAGAAAUAAACACAGACGCUGAAAAAUUAGCUUCUGGUUAUUCGACCCUGGAGACAAAGAAGUCUAAUAUCAGGAACAAGAAGAAUAAAGAAAAUUUACUUCCAAAGAAAAACAAAAAGGCUUCAUCCACCACAAGUCUCAGUGUCAACACCACGAGAUUGUCAGACAAUCAAGAAAAUCAAACUGUUGUUGAUUAUGAAACGCAAAAUAAAGAAAAGGUUGGUAUCUAUGCAAAAGGAAACCAGCCGCUUGAUGAAGAAAGUGGUAAGACAUAUGUAGAGGUAUCUUUACUUUCACCAAGUAGCACUACUGUUAGAAGCAAUACUGAAGACAAAUAUAUUCCAGAGACAACAAUAUGGAGUCUCUCAAACAUCACACCUUAUUACACCAAAGAAGCCGGUGAGGACCAGGAUGCAAAUAGCAACCAUUACAGAGGUGAGGAGAAUGAAGAGAAUGUUUAUCCAACAGAAACUCAAUCGCCUCUAAAAAAGACUAAAAGCCAGAAAAAAUCAAGUAGAACAUCUGACCAGUCUUCUCCAGCUUCUUAUAAACCUUCAACAAAUGGAAUCCAGAAGAAGAGCGAAGUUACAGAAACAACAUUGUCAAUAAAUAACCGUGUCAACGAGCCAGCAACAGAGCAAGAAGCUGACAGUCAUCUAAAAGAGGAAACUGAUAGCACUUCAUACUAUUACGAAAAUGUCGAGGAUGCCCAGGAAGAGGAGGAGAGAGAAGAAGCUAAUCUGUUUCCAAACGAACUCGGAGAAUGGUCGACCCUCCAGCCCUGGGGCUCCGGGUGUUCGAAACCCUUCUACGGCAGUCAGUUCUGCACGUCCAUCAUCAUGACAACGCAGCUUGGCCACCGUGACAGCGAGUGCAGGGGCUUAAGGUCUUACGUGAGCUGUCUGCGAGCGCUGAUGGACGCCUGUGAAAUUUUCCAUUAUUUGAGACAAUACCAGGCACCAUCAAACACAUUAUGAUCAACUACAGAAAGAAGUGCAUGAAUUAAGGCUACAACCUGAUGACCGUAGAAGUCCAUGUUGGGAAGUACCUCUUGAAAAGAGAUGAUAGAUAUUUAAUCGUUAAGUGGUCUUAACAAAGAAGAAUGGCAAGAAAUGAACAAAGGACAAGUUUUGUAUAUUUCCUUUCAUUAUUAAUUCUUCUCUCUUUCUCUAAAGAUGAAGGCUGGUUGUGAUAUCUCAUUAUGGCUAAUGUAAAAUCGAGUUGUUUACUUCACAGGAUAAACAUGUAACUUGAGAAAAGAAAACAACAAACUAAUGUUAGAACCAAUGUACAGGGUGCGAAGAUGCAAUAAAGAAAACAGGAUCAAGAUUAUAAAAUUACUCUGUCCAUUUAAAAGAGGGUUACGAUUUUUUUCUCAUGUGUACAUGACAUAACACGUUUUUUUCCAUUGAUAUGCCUGUAUAAUAGUUUUAUUGUCUUCUUCAUAACAUUACCUUUCCACUAUGUAGCUAGUAGAACAGUUUUUUUCAGUGCACAAGUGACUCAUAAACAUUUCUUCUCUAACAUCUCUUUUAAGGUCACUCUUCUUUCUCUCCCCUUUUACCUGGCUCAAUAGUCAUGUCACUUUUUGUCAUACCAACCUUUUUCUAUCCCUUUAGUUCAUUUGUCAUAUUUUAACCCAAAGCCUUCAUUUUGUAACAUCAUCGUUGUUAUUAUCAUCAUCACUGACCUCGUUUGCUAAAGAAUAAUGACCAUCAACCGUGUCAUAGCAUCAUUUUCUUAUUUAUCUUCUCAUGAGAAACCAUCAUUAUUGUCAACUUUCUGUACGAUUGUGGUUAACGGUUUUAACAAAGAUACUGAAAAAAUGAUGUCAAUAAACAAUAUGCAGACAAG